UGCAUUCAUCCGAAAAGAGAACGGAGGUGUUCCGAGUGGUUGACCUACUUCGUUCAACUUAUCAUAGGAUUGGGACUGUGUUGGGGGUUAAAACGAUUUGGUUGGAGUAUUAAGACACUUAGUCGUAAGAAAUGGCGCUUCUGCGAUGUGGACUUAGGGCCAGGGGCCUAUUAUCGGCCCUCAGGAACAAUGCAGCGUGCAUGUCAUCCAUUCCACAACCAAUUACCAACCCCGAAAUAAAAUAUAACAAGGUUUUUGUCAACAACGAAUUCAUUGACAGCCAAUCUGGGAAGACUUUUCCAACUGUGAACCCAUCGACAGGGGAAGUAAUUUGCCAGGUUGCUGAGGGAGAUAAGAAAGAUGUGGAUGUUGCAGUAAAAGCAGCUCAGGAGGCCUUCCGACUGGGAUCACCAUGGCGACGUAUGGACGCUGCAGGAAGAGGCUAUCUUCUGAAUAGACUAGCGGACCUGAUUGAGAGAGACCGAGCUUACAUCACUUCACUGGAAACUCUUGACAAUGGCAAACCCUACCAUGUAGCUUAUAAUGCAGACCUGCGCCUGGUCAUUCAGUGUUACCGGUACUAUGCAGGCUGGGCAGACAAAAUUGAGGGAAAGACCGUACCUGUUGCUGGGGAUUUCUUUGCCUACACCAGACGCGAACCUGUAGGAGUUUGUGGCCAGAUCAUCCCGUGGAACUUCCCACUGCUGAUGCAGGCUUGGAAGCUUGGCCCUGCCCUGGCCUGCGGUAAUACAGUAGUGAUGAAGGUUGCAGAACAGACCCCACUCACUGCUUUGUACAUAGCUCAUCUGGCCAGAGAGGCUGGAUUCCCUCCUGGUGUCAUCAACAUUAUCCCAGGGUACGGCCCUACAGCUGGCGGUGCUAUCGCCAGUCACAUGGACGUCGACAAACUGGCUUUCACUGGUUCCACAGAGGUUGGUCAUAUUGUCGCCCAGGCAGCAGCACAAUCAAAUUUAAAGAGAGUGACACUAGAACUUGGAGGGAAAAGUCCUAACAUUGUAAUGGCCGAUGCUAACAUGGAACAGGCAGUGGAGAUGUCGCAUUUUGCUCUCUAUUUCAAUCAGGGACAAUGCUGCUGUGCUGGUUCCCGUACCUUUGUGGAGGAGAAAGUGUAUGAUGAAUUUGUGGAGCGAAGCGCUGCUAGAGCAAAGAAAAGGACUGUGGGAGAUCCUUUUAAUGCAUCAAAUGAGCAGGGACCACAGGUGGACAAAGAACAGGCAGAUAAGAUUAUGUCCUACAUUGAAAGUGGAAAAGACCAGGGGGCGAAACUCGUGGCAGGAGGCAAUAGAGCAGGAGAAAAGGGAUUCUACAUCGAGCCCACAGUUUUUGCUGAUGUGAAAGACGAAAUGAAAAUUGCACAGGAAGAGAUUUUUGGCCCAGUGCAGUCCAUCAUGAAGUUUAAAUCAAUGGAUGAACUGAUUGAGAGAUGCCAUAAGACAAUCUAUGGGCUGGCCGCUGCAGUGCACACCAAUGACCUUGAAAAGGCCCUCCAUGUUGCCAACACAGUGAGAGCAGGCACCGUUUGGGUGAACUGCUUUGAUGUGUUCGAUGCUGGCAUGCCAUUCGGUGGUUACAAGAUGUCGGGUACAGGUCGCGAGCUUGGAGAGUAUGGACUAGAGGCUUACUCGGAAGUUAAAUCAGUAAGUUGUCAUAUUUCAGAUAUCAAAAUAUCAAUAAAAUUACUGGAUGGUAAAUUAGAAUUAUGGAUCUUUCUAGAUAAACUGCAGUAAUGUUUCUUUCCUAAAGCCCAUUUUGUCACUAAAACUUGUACAAAGUGCUUACAAACUUUGGUCAUACCUGUACAUAUAUACAUAAACACAUGCACAGAAAAUAAACCCUUUUUGGGGACAGAAAGUUACAUGUAGAUAGUAAGUAUAUGGUUACUGUUAACAGAAUGUGCUGAAUCCCAGUGAUAGGAGGAUGUGGAAGAAAAUGAAAAUCUUUAGAAAAAUUUCUUCAGCAGGGCUACAGUUUUUCAAACUGAGAGUCUGCAGAUUCUUGUUUUUUCAAAAUCAUGAGUAUAAAAUGGAUUCUGGAGUUCACGAGAUUAUCAUGAGUAUAAAAUAGAUUACAGAGUUCACAGGAUUAUCAUGAGUAUAAAAUGGAUUACAGAGUUCAUGAGAUUCUUUUGUUUGUAAAAAAAAAUAAUAAUAGAACAUUUUUAACUGUAUGACUGCCAACGAAAUGUUUGAUCCUUCAAAAUACAUGCCAAAUCAGUUUACAACACUAGGAAGUGCAGGUAUAUGAUGUUAUAAGUAAUCAACAGUUCACAAUACUCUGAAGUAUGAUGUUAUAUUUUUGGAUUGUAAGAUAUGCUAGUUGAUUGGUACAACUGUAAUCUUUAUUAAUGGAUUUUACAAUCAGAAAACUGGUAUAAUCUUUAUAAAUGGAUUUUACAAUAAGAAAACUGUAAUUUUGUAUAAUCUUUUUAAAUGGAUUGUACAAUUAAAAACUUACAACUUGUAUACUUAUAAAAUUAAAACUUAUUUUACUGUUUACAGGUGGUAAUUAAAGUCCCACAGAAGAAUUCCUAGGUCUGGGAAUAUGGAACAGUGUGGUUUUGAUGAAGAGGGACAUUUAUCAAACUUUAUUGUUAUAUUAUCACAGUUAUAAUUAUACAGCUUAAUUCAUUUUGUUGUAGGUCUAGAGGGCUAGUGUAUGUUGAGUGUUGUGCUGGUAUAAUGCUUUUUGUGGUAUAUUUUGUAGUACAUUCUUUAUAAUGCUUUACACAGUUUUAUUAAUAUAUGGUCUAUUUCUACAAUGAUUUAGUGCUAUAUCGUGCGUUUUACAAACACAAAUUGUAAUCAAUCAUUGGGCUGAUAGCUUUAAUUAGUUGCAGAAAUAUAUUUUAGUUGCUUGGUGUCAACCUCAAGUACAUUACAGAGAAAGCAAUCAUGUAUGAGAGAUUUGUUGUUGUCACUUUAUACAUUACGCUGCAAUUCUUAUUGUAUGACAAUGAAUUACAUUAUAUUUAUGAUUUUUCUUUUCUCUUCUUUUUAAAAAAAAAGAAAUAAUAGUUUUACACUUAUUAUUACAAAAACUGGUACAUGUGUGUACAUUCACUCCGUUUUUGUCUUAAUAACUGAAGGUUAAAAUGUACAUUGUACAAAUAUCUCAUAAAUUUUCCAUUCGGCAAAACUCACUGUGUAUGAAUACACCUAAUUCUUAUGUAGGCAAACCAUUGCAGUUAAAACGAUUAAAAUGUCAAUAUAAGAAAUGUUUUAAAGUAUAUGAUAUGAAGUUUACACUGGUAUGCACUUAUAUUUUAUGGAGUACUAACACAGUCCAGUCAGUGUGGUGUGUUGAGGCUUAAGAUACUAUAAAAACUGAAAGACAUUUCUAUUUGGAUGCAUGAAGACUGUUUUUGGAGUGUAUUGAUAAAAGCUUUAAUACUUGUAUACAAAAUGAUUGAAACAUUUGGUCAGUAUUUGAUACGCAGAUAAACACACCUCAGGAGAGAACCGAGGGUGGAAAAAUAUUUGAAUAAAUCAUUAUUUCAUGAU